AUGUCCUGGACUUUACCGCACAUACUGCAACUGCAAGGUUACAAUAAAGGCCAUGAAACACGCACACGCACACGCACACGCACACAAUCAACCCCCACCCCAACUCCUCCAAAUCCCAGCAGCGCGGGAUUCGGCCGGCAUCCUCAGGUAGACAUUGAGGAUCGGCCAGAAGCCGCAGGAGGCAGACCUGACGAGAGGGAAAUUGCAUCCGGCACUCUGGAAUUGGAGAGCAUGGUCAUGGGCGAUGAGCGUACUUUAGUGAACCUUUCCGAGGAUGAAGGCGAUUACGCGAGGCAAACGGUACCUGACUUGUUUCCACCCUCAGAAGUCAAUUGUGGAAAGACUUGCGAAAACAUGCUCAACCAUUUGAUGAGAAAUACUCUACGAUAG